GUUUCGGUUCCGGAAGGAGGAUGCUUUUGCUCCGAGCACUCAUCGCGUGGAUCUGAUAAGAAACCUACGUGCCAGCGACAUGCAAUGAGAGUACAGAGGGCGACCGGAAAACGAUGAAAACCUGUUUGGUCAAAUGCACAUCCAAAUCGAAACCGACGCAUAUAAAUUAGGGCCGAACCGCGUUAGAAGCAUUAUUCGGUGAUCUACGAUCGGUCCAGCACGACAGCCAGCAAGCAACAAUGAAGAGCUUCAACGUCGUUCUGGCUUUUGCGCUGCUUGCGUCCGUCUGCGGCAGUCCGCUGUUCCACAGCCACUCGUCGCACGGUAGAUCCCAUCGCUAUUAUCCGGUGGCGGUGCGGGAGGUCGUGAAGGUACCGGAAGUGCACGUCCAGAAGGUGGUCCACCAGGUGCCCGUGUAUGUGCCGGUAGUACGGCCGGUAGUGCACCAUGUUCCGGUAGUCCAUCAUGUUCCGGUAGUACAGCAGGUGCCAGUGGUGCAGCAAGUCGUUCCCGCUCCCGUUACGACGGAGCGUCCCGUGGACGUUGAGGUCGGUGGUGGAGUGGUUGUGGCCGCCAAUCCAGGGGCGGUACAUGUGGUCAAAACCAAACCAGCUAAAGUUUCUGUUUGAUUGAGCAAUUGUAGUUGGGCAUCGCUACACAACUUAAUGAAACGUAUGAAGAAAAUAAUCAAACUUGAACAACAUGUGUUCUUUCUUUGGAAAUGUGUUCUCAACUGUAUCGUUGGUUUGUGUGUAAUUCCAUCCCUUAUCUCUUUCAUUGUGACAUUUUGCAAGAUUUAUUUCAGCAUAGAUCCAACAAGAAGAAACUUGUCAAUGGCUCGAAGGUUCGUUAAUUUUGUUUCUGUGUGUGU